AUGACCGAUACGCAUCACUACCCAAAGGACGACCUGGCGACGCCUUCCAAACGACUCUCAUUUCUUGACAACGAUGGCGAUACGGAUGCUCUUUCGCUUUUUCCAAACAGCCCAUCACGCUUUUCAAACAAGUACAGUGACGAUCGAUAUCGUGCAUUGGUGCAAGAGUCACCUCCAGCUGGUUUCAACGUGAACACACCCACAACAGAUGAGCGCAGAGAAUCAAGAAGCAUUACACCUCGAUCCAAGAAUUCCAAUCACACUGAAGAGUUCCGGACUGUCCAAGAGUGGGACGAGGUUAUGCGUCGUAGAAGAAGUGAGGCUAAAGCAACAGCAGCAGCAGCAACAGUAUCCAGCCCCAAAAAAGCAAAACAUCAUGAUUAUCAACGUCAGCAACCAGAAAGGAAGCCAUUGCAAGAACCAGUACGCGACCUUUCAGUACGUGAACGCAGCUAUCGUGAGCCUAUUCGUGAUGCUGUCGGGGAACGUGCCCAUGAUCGUUAUGAAGCUUUACGAGAAAACGUACGUGAACGUCGUGAUGAUCCUAUUCGUGAGCCUGUGCGUCCACCUCCUCGAGAACCAUCAUCAUCAUCACAUCACACACCCAUCCGAGAAACAUCAUCAUCAGCACGUACACCUAUCAGUGAUGCUGUGAGCACAUCUUCAAGCAAGCAUGUGGAAAAGAGAUUUGAGCCCGAGUCACCUAUUAUUGAAAGUAAACCACGUUCCACCGAAUCACCCAUGGUGCAUACAACACCUCCACAGCAACCACCACAACCACAGCAACAUCGACAUACCACUCCAGAGACGAUUCCUUCCUAUAUGCGAUCAACAGCAUCUUAUGAAAGUCGCAUCAUGAGUUCUAGAUCCCAAAUGACACAUCAAUCAAUGCCCUAUUUCCGCUCUUCCACCCGUAUCAAUGCCAUGGAGGAUAUUCGUAGUGAGAUGGAUGAUCAAGAUGUUUAUGUCCCUUUGGCUGUUCGUGUAAAGCUCUUUGAACAAGGUCUUGGUAACAACCGAUACACAGCAUCAGGAUCUCGAUUCAAAUCAUCAUCACGCAAAGAUACGAGCUCUCGAUCACGUCUCACACGACCUCGAUCUCCCAACUUACGUACAAACUAUCGCACUACAUCAUCAACCACCCAGAAACGACCCAUGGAGACGACACAAGAAGCAAUUCCCAAACCACCUAGUACGGAAGCAACAAAGACGCGUGCCACCAACAGCAAUAGCACAAGAAAUAGUCAAAGCCAAUCCAGUUAUCUAAGCAUUGCUCGUGAUACAAUCUCUUCCCGAUCUCGUCAAUCUCGCCCUGCUUCUGAAAGUGGAUCACAAAGCAAUACACAAGAAUCUGAAACAGCAUCCAAAACAAAACGUCAAAAAACCCAUCACUCAAAGCUUGAAGUUAAGCCAUUCCGGUUUGCUACGGAUGAGCGUGCAUUACAUCAUCAAAAGGCGUUUAAGGCCAAGCUGGAGUUAUGGAAGAAGAAGGAAAUGGAACAAGGUAACAGCCAGGAACAAGGAAUGCGUGGCACAAAGCGCAAGGUCAGAGAUGCUUAA